AUGAAGGUAACGAGCAUCUUUCUUCUCACCGUCUUGACCUUGUUGACUUUACACGUAUCUGGUAAACAAGAAGAUGAGUUGCCAGGAAGAGAGCCUAAAUGUAGAGAAGACUUUGGAUGCCCCAAGAACCUUGACCCUGUCUGUGGAACUGAUGGACAGACUUAUCCCAAUGAAUGCUAUCUAUGUAAUGAAAAUAAGAAGCGCCAGAGUCAUGUCCACAUUAAAAAAGCGGGUCCCUGCUGA